AAGGGUGGGAGCGACGCCCCCUCCAGACGCGCUGCCAGACAUACGAAGAAAAAGAUUGCGUUAGUCACUUCGUCUCGCGCCUUGUAUCGUUUCCCUUCGCGUAUCCCUCUUUCAUUCCCUCCCCGUUAUUCCCUUUUCAUAUAUUUCUCGAUUCCCCCCAAUCCUCCAUUCGUUAUUUAAGAAAAGAGAAAGUGUAUGCGUAUUAAUCUACGUGUGUUCGUCAGGUGUAAAGGGUGUUCGUGCCGUAUAGUGAACUGUGUAUUGAGUCCCAGGCACAGGUACGCAGGUGUUUCUUGGCAUUAAAUUCCGCGGUAGGAUAGUGAGUGAACUUCUGUCCAAAGAUGGUGUUUCUUGUAUUAUAAUGCCGAGAGUCGAACCAGUGAACCGCAGUGUUUCGAAUCUUUGCAGUGUGAGCCUUUUGCUUGACGUUUUCGUGUCGCUCGAUGUUCUGAGAGGGAGACUAAAGAAAAUGUUAGUCUGUAGGAAACGGAGCAUGAGCGGUGUUUUUGUGUAAGUGUGUGGUUGUGGCAGUGCUGUUUUCUCUUGAGAUAAGUAAUUAAUACUGGCGGUGUAAAGAAGAAUGUUGCUGAUAGAGAAAGUAUUAAAUUGAAGCAAGUGUUUUGGGUGUUUCGUUCAUUACCUGUGAAACAUGAACGGCAGGCAGCCAUUACACAGGUUCUCGGGGCUCCUGGACCUGAACCGCCUGGGGUCCGAUGAGCAUCACCCAAGGGCCACCCCCUACUCCCCCUACCCUCCCCACCCCAUCCACCUCCUGCACGGCCAGCGCCGGCGGUCCUGGACGAAGCCCUCCCUCCUGAGGCAGACGCGGCAGACGAGGUCCGAGUCCAUCUCGGGGCCGAGCGUCGACUACGAGGUCGCCCGCGCCAGGUCCCUCGACGCGGACCUCCUGCGAGGUCGCAAGCGUCGGUCCUCGGCGGGCGACGAGGCGAUGGCGUCCUGCCCCGAGAGCGCCCCCCACUCGCAGGGCAGCAGCGGCAGCAUCUGCGAGGGCAACGAGGACGAGCGGGGCGGGGAGGGGGACGACGCGUUGCCGUCGAGGACGACCCGACGGCAGGAGAGCGUCACGUACGAGGAGUCGAUCCCGGUGAUAGUGCGGCGGAGGGGCUGCAUGCUCACCGUCAGGAUCGUGUCCGUCGACGACAUCGAGGAGCCGGCGCGGGAGCCCAAGUUGAAGUCGGCGACGCCCGCGCUGCCGCACCAGCCCAGGUCCCUCUCGACCCUCUCGCUGCCGCAGAGACUCAUUCAUGGGAAGAUUCUCUGGUGUUCCGGAGGGCUCUCAGAGAUGUUCUAA